AUUGGAAAAAUUCUAAUCGCUCUCGUAAAAUCGGUAAAUAAAUCUCUAUAAAUAGCAUCGCAUUGGCUUGCGCAGAUGCAUUAAUAUCAUUAUAUAUGGAAACAUCAAGUAAGGCAUUGUGCUUGGUGGGGCUCCUCCUUUUGCUGGCCAUAUCCACGAAUGGCGCCGGGGAGUGUCCGAAUUCAAGCCCCGACAGCGAAGCCAUGAAGCUGAUUCCAUGCGCAUCGGCGGCGCAGGACGCCAACGCCGCCGUGUCGAGCAGCUGCUGCGCUCAGGUGAAGAAAUUGGGACAGAACCCAAAAUGCCUGUGCGCCGUCAUGCUGUCUAAUAUGGCCAAGAUGGCUGGGAUUGAUCCCAAAAUCGCCAUCGGCAUUCCCAAACGUUGUAACCUUGCCGACAGGCCCGUAGGCUACAAGUGUGGAGCUUAUACCUUGCCAUGAAGGCGUUGGGGAUGAAGUAUAUAUAGUGGCGAAAGCUGUUGUUGAUUUUAAUGUAAUUGUAUUAGCAUCACUGUGGGCUAUGACCGUGUGCGCUCUGCUCUGGACUGGGGCUACUUCAUGUUAAAUAUGAUUAAUAAAUGUUUUAUCUUUCUCGAAUA